CUUUACAUAAACUGUUGCAAGCAGUCUCUUAUUUCUGCCGGAACAUCGUCUAAAUAAACUGCGUUUACCUCGCGUUUAGGAAACAUUUUUCGACCACCGACACCAUGGCUGACUCUUCAGUAGAAGUAGAGGUCCCUGAGGAUGUCGAAGUUCGCAAAUUAUCAGAGUUGAGGGUUAUUGAUUUGAAGGCCGAGCUCAAGAAACGAAACCUGGACACGACGGGCAUAAAGAGCGUGCUGUCAGAGAGAUUAAAAAAGGCUAUCGAGGAAGAGGGUGGAAAUCCAGAUGAAAUUAUAAUCGCUCAGGAGCCAACACCCAAAAAAGCAGCGCCUAAACGAUCAAUCAAAGACGCAAGGCAAGAAAACGAAGAACCAGAGGACAGCGCUGUUGAGGAAGAUUCUGGUGAUGGACAGGAAGAGCAUCAAGAUGAUCUGGAUAAUAUGCAGGAGAUGGACAUUCUUGACAUGAAUGUUCUGGAUGAGGCUGAGAACGACAAUGGAAUACCUGCCGAGGAUGAUGAGGAUUUGAACAAUGAAGAAGACAAUGACGCAGAGGAGGAGCUAUUGAGGGAGGACGAACAAGACAAUGGGGUAAUGGAUUCAGAGGAUAAAGUCAACCUUGAAGAGAUGGAUGGAUCUGAAUUCAUAGAAAAAGAUGAAGACCUGACAUGCCUAUCACCCAAAAAGGUUCUAGAAAAGGAUUCCAAUGCAGAUGACUUGAAGGAAGAAACAGAAAAUGACAAAGUAGCCGGGUCUUGUUUAUCUGAGCCGCUUAAUGAAGAUCGCCACCAGGAGAUGACCACAGAAGAAGAGCAAGCCGCUGCUGCAGGGGAAGACAAUGUGCGUGACAUCGGUGCCAAAAGCAACGAGGCUGCCGCUGGUAGUAUGGAGAGCGACAAAGAUGUUGUGGAGACUGAUAUGAAAGAGGUUGGGGACACUGAGAACGUCAUGGAAGAGACAGUUGACACUGAAAGCGAAAGCACUCAGGCUGUUAGCGUAAGCGAACAGGGCACCGCGGGCGAAACUGUUGAUUCACAAAUGGGGUCUAAGAAGGGUGAGGAGGAAGAGGGGAAGACUGAAGAGAAGGAGGGAGCCAAAGAGUCCUCUUCUGUAGAGGGCGAUGAUCAGAAAAAGAGCUCUGAUGAGAAAGAUGGCAGCACUGAGUCAAAAGAUGAAAAGGCCUCUGGAGGUAUUGGGGCAGCAAGCAGUGGCAAAAAUCUAUGGGUCAGUGGCCUCUCUUCCACUACCAGAGCGACUGAUCUGAAGACGCUAUUCAGCAAGUAUGGCAAGGUUGUUGGUGCCAAGGUGGUUACAAAUGCUAAGAGCCCUGGAGCUCGAUGCUAUGGCUUUGUCACCAUGUCCUCUACAGAGGAGGCCACUAAGUGUAUCAGCCAUCUACACAGGACUGAGCUGCAUGGCAGGAUGAUUUCUGUGGAGAGGGCCAAAAAUGAGCCGACAGGGAAGAAGCCUGCAGACAAGAAUGACACUAAGAAGUCUGGCAGUGACAGGAGACACUCCUCAGACUCCAAGUCUGAUGGCAAGGAUGAUAAGUCAGAGGGUGAAGGAAAAGAUGGCAAAGGCCGUAAUGAGAGGACUGUAGUGAUGGACAAAUCCAAGGGAGAGCCAGUUAUCAGCGUUAAAACCAAAAGCAAGGAGCGAAGCUCUAAGAGUCGGGACCGCAAGUCGUCUAGUAAGGAGAAGAAAGAAAUCCUGUCGUUUGACCAGAUCAAGCAGCAGAGGGAGAGAGAGAGGCAGAGGCAGCGGGAGAGAGAGAUAAGGGAGGCGGAGAGGCGUAGACACACUGGCGACCGUGACCGUGAUGGCCGCUCGGAACGUGAGCGCAUCCGAUUGUUUCGGGAGAAGGAGGAACGGGAGCGCUUGCUUCGGAAGAGGAGCUGGCUAGAGGUGGAGAAACAGCGUCUAGAUGCAGACCGCAUGGAACGUCAGUUCUUGGAGCGGGAGCGGUUGCGUGUUGAGUACGAGCGACGUCGCGAGCAGGAGAGAAUCCACAGGGAGAGGGAGGAGCUCCGACGGCAGCAGGAGCAGCUUCGCUUUGAACAGGAUCGCCGCCAAAUAAAGAGGCCUUAUGACAUGGAUGGCAGGAAAGAUGACUGGCCUGACAAGCGCAUGGCCAUGGAUGACCGGUAUGGCCGCACAGACUUCAAUCGUCAGGACCGCUAUCAAGACUUUGACCACAGAGACCGUGGCCGUUACCAAGAUGAUGUGAUGAUAGACAGGCGGGAUAACUCGCGUGGCAUGGGUGGAGACAGAGAUGGCCAAAACUUCUCAGACCGGUCAGAGAGACAUGGCAGAGACUCCUGGGGAGGCGGCUAUGACAAGCGGAUGAACCCCAGGGAGGGAGGCCGGGACUGGGACUCUGGGCGGAAGAUGGAUGGAGACAGACCUUGGCAAAAUAGAGAUGGUGCUAUCCCUGGCCAGAGCCACAUGGGACGCGGAGGAAUGCAGAGCCGUGGAGGCUACAUGAACACAGGAACAUCGCAGUCUCUCUCCGGAGCGCUCAAUAGACAGAACCAGAUGAUGCAGGGCGGAGGCCUGCAGGGUGGAGCCUUCGGACGGCGCUACUGAUGUCCCACCAUCUGAUCUGUGGGAAUGCUUUCUGGGAUUCAGUUUAGAACACCAUACCAGGAAGAUGUUUUCUUGGUACGGUGUGUCUUGUUUUUUGUUUUGGUUUUUCCAAACAGAUUUUUUUUUACACAAUUCCCAUUUAAUUUAAACGGAAAACCCUUGAUUCUCUGUAUAUCUUUUGUGUGUGUGUGUGUGUGUGUGUGUGUAUGUGUGUGUGCGCGUGUGUAUUCUAGAGAUCACAUUCUGUGUUUCUUUCAGUUGUUCUGAUAGAAUUAUUAGAUUUCAACAUUUAUCUGCUGGCAAGGAAGCCGUGUGUGAGGGUCCUUUCCUCAUAACUGUUAGCACCAUUAUUUUCAGUAGGAUAUGCUUCAUACACGGCUGGUAUGGUGGACGCCGACACAGCAACUACUGUCUAACUCAAUGAGACUGUUUAUCCGUGACACAUUUAAAUGUUUUGAAGUGAAACUUGUCCACUGCUUGUAAAACGCUCACAAAA